AUGCGACCUCCGGGGAGCCGGGCGAGCGCGGCGGGGCUGCUCGAGGGUCGUCGGGGAGGCGCGGCGGGGACAGCCGGUGGCGGCCCGUCGGGUCUUCCGCCUCGCCUCCGCCGCCGCUCCGCGGGGCUGCGGGGUGCGCACCGCCUCCGCGCCCGCGGGAGCGCCCCCCGGGCGCGGCAUGGGGGGCGGGCGGGCGGGCUGCGGGCCGGUCCCGGCGCUGACCGCCUUCGCUCUCUGCCUCCUCCCAGCGCCGCAGAGAUGCGAGGGGCGAAGAAACGCCAGGCGCUGCCCGCCAUCGUGCUCCUGCUGCUGGCCUCGGCCCCGCCGCCGCCGGGCGCCGAGGGAGGGGACGUGCCCGCCGCCGGCGCCGAGGGGGGGGCACUCCUCGACCUCCUCCUCCAAGCCCUGGGCGACGGCGGCCGCCCGCUGCCGCCCCGCCCGCCGCGGCGGGACCGGGUGAUCUCCCGGCGGUACAGCAGCGGCGGCGGCGCUCCGCCGCCCGACCCCCGAGCCAUCGCCACCGCCGCCGCCGCCCCGCGGACCCCCACGGCCGUCGCCGCCGCCCCGCCGCCCCCACGGCUCUUCGCCGCUGCCCGCCACGGAGAAAUUUUUCCAAGAGAUUCCAGUCUAAAAGACAAAUUCAUAAAACAUUUUACAGGGCCAGUCACAUUUUCGUCAGAGUGUAGCAAGCACUUUCAUCGACUGUAUCACAACACAAGGGACUGCUCAACGCCAGCUUAUUAUAAAAGGUGUGCAAGGUUGCUAACAAGAUUAGCAAUGAGCCCUUUGUGUACACAGUCCUAGGAUGUUUGCUAUAUUUCUACUAAGGAAAGAAUUCUGAUUUGCCAAGAAAGUGCCUUGAAAUCUUCCAAGACAGAGAAGACAUCUUUUACCUUUUUUGAUUUACAAUGUUUUGUUACUAGAUGCAUUUUAUUUUCAUAUAUUUGUUGGACAUUCCAUAUUUGUGUGAAACGUUAUUUUAUUUUAAUUUGUAAAUUUGUUGCCUAUAGUUCAGACAAGCCAAUUAUUUAAAUACAUUGUAUAUAAAGAAUACUAAUGAUAUCUGAUUAAAUGUUAUAACCAUAUGCAGGGAGUUGGUAAAAUUUUGCUGUUUCUCUUGUUCCAUUGUAUUUACAUCAUUCUGCUCAGGCUCUUACUUUCAUUAUUUGCACUAACUUGAAAUGCAGAAGUCUAUGUAACUGAAAUCUGAAUAAGCUGUAAGUGGGAAAGUUUUACUUGCCAUGGAAGAUAUUUUAUAUUAUGAAGCUUUGUUAAUAUAUAUUAUUGCGCAUCAGAAAAAAAUUGCUCAGAAAUGCACCUUGCUUUCAGGAACAUUUGUAUGACUAUUCUGGAUUUUCAUCAGUUACAUUUGUACUGGCACUUAUGGAAAGAGUUGCAAAUAAUGUAAAUAUAAAGACUGGAAGACUGCAAUGCAGUUUUGGUGGA